CAUGCGCAAGGCGGAGGGACGGCGGGCAGCGAGGUUCGGGCAAAGGUACCUACCGCUCCGGCCGCGGACGCCAAGGGCUGAAGGCGAGGCUGGGCCGCGAACCUCCCCGUGCCUCUCUACAACGCGGUCUUAGUCGCGGAGGGUGGCCGAGAGGACCGAACGGGUCACGUGUGCAGAGCGCAUGCGCCCAGCCCCCAGGUGUGAUCAGCACUGGAAAAGAUGCCAGCCCCAGCUGCCGCAUAUGAAAGAAUAGUUUACAGAAAUCCCUCUGAGCACCACUACAUGAAAGUCUGCCUAGAAUUUCAAGAUCAUGGCAUUGGACUGAAUGCUGCACAGUUCAAACAGCUGCUUAUUUCAGCCCUGAAGGACCUGUUUGGAGAGGUUGGUGCUGCUUUACCCUUGGACAUUCUAACCUACGAAGAGAAGACCUUGUCAGCCAUCUUGAGAAUAUGCAGCAGUGGUCUUGUCAAAUUGUGGAGCUCUUUGACCCUGUUAGGAUCCUAUAAAGGCAAGAAAUGUGCUUUCAGAGUGAUUCAGGUUUCUCCAUUUCUCCUGGCAUUAUCUGGUAACAGUAGAGAACUAGUAUUGAAUUGAAUAGUCUUCAAUUUCAGAAGUAUUCCUCGCUC